UACAUAACCCGGAUAAACUACAUGUGACCUCCCUCCCUCCAUCUGUCCGUCUCUGCCUCUCUCGUCUCCUCCUCGGUCCGUGGACGUGUUUUUUAUUCCUCGUGUCGUCCAAAGAGAACAACGUUUGACACAGGUAGAGCGCGAGAAAUAACUCCCCACCAUGUUUCUCACCCUCGCCCUGCUGCGGAAAGGCAUCCCCGGGAAGCAGUGGAUCGGAAAGUAUCGGCGUCCGCGUAAAAUCACCUGGCAGAUGAAACGCAACACGCUGAAGCAUCUGGAGCGCGAGGCAGAGAAUGAAUACUGGAUAAGCCGGCCGUACAUGACCGCGGAGCAGGAAUACUGCCACGCCGCAGAGCGCAGAGCCCAGUCGUGGCUCAAGAUCAAGGAGGCCAAAUUUGCCAAUUUCCCUGAACACAAAAGCAUCACAGAUCACCUGAGUCAUCUCAAAAUCACCAAGGCAUGGUGAAGUUACAGUGAGCGUAAAGACGACACGCAAAGACUUCUUUAUAGUGUGACGGUGUGUCGUGUUUGUGUGCAGGAAGACUCCGUUUCGUUAUGUGGCAAUGUGAAAUGGGACUUGAAAAGUUGUCAACCAAUGUUUUAACAAAUCUGUAACCACGUUCAGUGCAGCCAUUUCAGAUAAAACUACUCAAUAUUCUC